AAAUACACCUUUUAUGUCACGAAAAAAAUUGAGUCACGAUUGUUUCGCAUUGCCAUCUCUAUUUCUUGUGUCCCAGCGUACAGUGUUGGUAAAUGUCUUAAGGUUCUUAUUGCAAGCACUAUGCACUUCGAAUAAAACGGAACAUAUAUGCAUUUGUGUACCUAAAAACUGACGCAUAUCCGAAUGGCUCCCAUCGAAGUGGUUGUGGAUCCAUCAGAGGAUCAGCCGAAGAUCUCCACCUUCGCCGUGCUGGACCUGGAGACGACCAAUCUGCCUGCCUACAACAACAAUCGGGUUGGCAUUACUGAGCUGUGCAUUUACGCCUUUGAAGCCGAUCUCCUCAAGAAAAAAGAAGUAGCUCAGGACGUGGAGCAGGAGCGGCAGCCGGAGGUGCCAGCGCCUCCGCGCGUACUCCACAAGCUGAACCUGCUCUUCCAGCCGUCCAUGAUGGUUCCUCCGGAAGCGGAGAGGAUUACAGGUCUGAGCAACUACCUGCUGGAGCGGGAGUCCAAGCUGGACGAGGAUGCCGGGCAACUCAUCAUCAGCUUUCUUAAGCACUUGCCCGCUCCAGUUUGCCUUGUGGCUCACAAUGGCUGGGGUUUCGAUUUCCCGAUUUUACGGCAGGUCUUCGAAAAACUCAAUAUGGAGCUCCCCAAGUCCAUAACUUGUGUUGACUCACAACGUGCCUUCAUGGAGAUUGACGACAGGCACAAAACAGAAGCAAGUCUCUUGAAAACAGAGCAGGAAACCCCGUUGAACACCAAAGCCAUUCCGGAACUUGUAACGCAAGCUACUCCAGAACUUGAAACGGAAGCUAUUCCGGUAGUUGAGUCCAUUAAAGAGGACGAAACUGACUUCAAGGAGCCAGAACCGGCCAAGGAAAUCGACUGGCGAGCCAGAAAUGAAACGACUCCAAAGCGUCCCAUUUUAACGCCCAAGGAAUCUUCUAUGAAGCGCAAGCAACUACGUGAUGGCGAUGAGGAUGACCUGGGAGAGCAGAACCCUGCCAGGCGGAAAGCCCAGGAGUUCCGAUCACGACGCCAGCUGUUCAGUGGCUUAAUGUGUGCCGAGAAGAAGCGCUUUCCGCCCCGCGGAGUGUACGGAUUGGGAGAUCUGUACACCAGAAAGUUCCAACGCCCAGCCAGCAAUGCCCACCAGGCAGAGGCCGAUGUCGCCAUGCUCACGAAGCUUAUGCAGCACUACGGCAUGGAUUUCCUCGCCUUUGCCGAGGAGCAGGCCAUUCCAUUCCAUGAAGUAGCUCCUCUUGGAUCUCCUGCCUGUAGGAGAAAGCGUGCAAUAUAACCAAUAUCUAAAGUAAUUCUGCAUGACCUUCAUUUUACUAUGUAAUGAAUUUUAUAUUUUUUAUAUAAUCAAUAUUUUUAAUGAUUCAAAAUGUGACAUUUUAAUAAAAUUAUAUUUUUAAA